AUGGGCGAAUCCUUCACCAAGUACUCCAGGGAUCUCGCGAUUGAAACAUGGUUUUUAUAUGUCAUUGGGUCUCCGGACGUCGACGACAAUUUUCAAUGUUCAACUUAUUUCAACCACAUGAUUGUAUCCGCCGUUUUCAACAUUUCCUCUGACUUGGUAAUGCUGUGCAUCCCAUUACCUCUGUUUAUUCGAUCUCACCUUCGUCUGGGCAAGAAAAUUGCUGUGUGUGGAGUGUUCGGUCUUGGCUUUGUGGUUGUUUUAAUGGCCGUUCUUAACCGAUACUACAGCUUGAGUACUGUCGGUUCCAUGAUCUUCAUGAGAUGGUAUGCAGCUGAAGUAUCGACCGCAGUUUACGUCGCAAAUCUACCUUUAAUGUGGCCACUCGUCCGUGCGGUUUUCCGCUUAGAAAGCCCGGAUCCCUCAAACUACCCGGAACAAGGACGAGCCACACCACGGAGUGCACCACAGCGAGCGCGAGCAGCAAUCCGAAACAUUACAACGUUUACAACCCAUCAAGGCAGCUCCGUUGAGUCUAUUAUGCGCGAUACUGACGGCCAGAUGCAUGGCACUGCAGAUGCACAUGAGUUAUGCUUGACCGCUGGGGGAGAAAGGGGCUAUGGGGCUUCAGUCAGCCCCGAUGUGGAAUCAGGUCAACCACAACGGCGGUUAGAGGAUAUUACAGUGCAAAGGACAGUGGAGGUCACUUAUCAAUGA